AUCGAAUCCCCUCAUUGGUUCCUUUCCUAAUUGGAUAGCUGGGAAAGCAACGCCCACUUUCUAUUUAGCUGAAAAGCUUUUAGCUAGAUGUUUUGGGGGGCAAGAACAUCAACAAGACGCAGGCCAGAAAAUGGAGUCAAAGAUAGGUCAACCUUCGUAUUUUCGUAGUGGUGGAACUUGUAGGCAAUUCAUGAACGGUUCAUGCAGAUUCGGUUCGAGCUGUCAUUAUCUACACGAGUGGCCAUCAGUGUUGCCGCCGACAUCCCAAAUAUGCAGGUACUUCCAGAAAGGUGGAUGCUGGUUUGGAGAUGGCUGCAGAUAUCUCCACAUCACUGAUGCUGAGGCAGCCAGUGCGGGGUUGAGUAGGAGGGGUUCAGCACCUGUGGUUCACACCCCGUGGGUUGGCCAUGCUCUACCAGAACGUAGAGGAUCAGAUCCCUCUCUACUGCAGGCACAGGGCUUCUACAGCCAAGGACGCAGGGGCUCAGAGUCCAUGCAUACCUAUUUAGCACACCUGCAGCACAACUUUGGCCGUCAGAACACAGAUAUCACAGAAGAGGAUGUAGCCGAAGGUUCAUCGCAGACUUCACCUCAACGACCGGCGGAGUCAUCACACGCUAAUGUCACAGAUCCCCAAGCAUCAGUCCAACAGUGUCCCGAGACAUCGGCCCAAACUACAGUUCCAUCCAGCACACUGUCAGCUCAAGCAGGCGAAUGGAGGCCUCUAGUCAAUCAGCAGCAGGAGCCUUCCUCCCAGGAGGUAGCAGCAGAGCGUGGUGCCUCCUCUGCAACUGCUGCCUUCCAGACGGAACAGGAGCAUACGGACUACUUCAACCAAAGUAAAGAUGUGACCUGUGGCAUCUGCAUGGAGACAGUGUACGAGAAGACCCGUGCUGAGGAGAGGCGCUUUGGCAUCCUGCCCAACUGCAGCCAUCCUUUCUGCCUGAGCUGCAUCGUCACCUGGAGGAAAACCAAAAACUUCCAGGAAGAAGUUAUAAAGGGCUGCCCACAGUGCAGAGUGAAGUCUGCGUUUUACGUCCCUAACAAGUACUGGGUGGAAGGACAACCAAAGGAAAUCCUUAUCCGUAACUUCAAAGAGAAAUGCAGUAAAAGAAGAUGUAGUUUCUUCAUGCGUCAUGGAUGCUGUCCCUUCAAGACUGAGUGUCUCUAUUGGCAUGACCUGCCUCAUGGCUACAGACCACCUCGCCGACGCAGAUCAGAUCAUUCUCACCAUGCGAUGAGUCUGGAUGAUUUGGGCAGCCUACAACUUCUUGACUAUGUCAUUGCGAUGACUCUACUGGAUGACUUGCUGGAUGAUGAUGAUGACGACGAUGAUGAGUUCCCUCUGUACCUGAGUGAAUAUGACGAUUAUGGUCUAUUCUGAGCACUGCCACCCUGCUCCAAGGAUUUGGUCUGCAAUGGUUGACUAGGGCCUCUACUCUAACCCCAUUAAAGAAGACUGCUAUUUAUUCACUCACUGUCCCUCAUAGACUCUCAGAACUGAAGUCUCUACAUAUGCUGCAUGUAUCUGCUUUCCUGGUGGUUGAAAACAAUUGCUAGUUUGAGGUAUAGGCCAAGCACUUGCAGACCUGUUGCUUGAAGACCUGUACCGAAGGCUAGGAUUACCACUGGUUCACUUACUAGUAUUGUUAUGCCUCCCAGACUUGACAUGAACAAUCCUAACCAACAGCUAACCUUUUGGUUAGAUCCAGGGCUGUGUUGGUUGGAGUCAUCCUGUUAGACAGGGAGAUUGGUUCUUCUCUUGCUAUUGAUGGUGUUGGUUCAUUGCAAGUUGAGGAUGGGUUAAUUGAUUAGUUGGUCAAUCAAUGUGGUGCUCUGCUUUGAUUGCGCUCUGUUCCAUUGGUUGGUCCUGUUAAAAAAAAAAAAAAAGUGUCACUUGUGCCAAUGCUGUGUCACUAUUGCCAUUUGCACCAUUUAGUUAUUUUUUUUUUAGAUGUGUUUAGUUUAUAUAUUUUAUGCCUAAAUUGGAAGUAUACUUUGCCUUGCCCUAAGACAUGGCUAUACUCCUAUAGCGCCAUACAAAUCUUGCCAUGCCUCAGGGCAAUACCUUGCCCUGCUAUUUUUCACUUGUCUAUGACAUACUUGAGCAGUGGAGGCUGCUGAGGGUAGGAUGGCUCAUAAUAAUGGCUGGAAUGGAUUAGAAUGGAAUGGUAUCAAGCAAAUGAAAACAAUGUCUUUGAUACAUUCCAUUUACUCCAUUCCAGCCAUUAUGAGCAUUCUCACCUCUGCAGUCUCCACUGUACUUGAGAUGCUUACCUCUCCUGUUGACAGGGCAUGACACUCUUGUUGCAGUGUUGACAUGCUGAUUUAAAGACCUAAUGUCUGAUUUUAUUACUUCUAACCUGUUUGUAUUUUCACGCACAGAAAAGAGAAUAAAACUUAGUUUCACAGUU